UUUCUGAAAAUACGCUAUCCAGGAUUCCCCAUUUUGGUGAAAAUGUCUGCAAAACCCCACCGGAGAGUUGCGGAGUAUGCUUGAUUCCCGUAGCCCAGUUUCGGUAACAUCGAAUGGCGAUGGAGGCUUUUCCUCUCUUCAGAGCCCUGAAUCCUCUCAAUUUGAAGCUCUCACGAUCUGUUCGAUGCUCUUCCGUGCCUACUCUUCACAUCCGCGGGGAAAGGAGAGCGAGAAGAGCAUUUGAUGCAUUGUUGCUGGAUGCUGGCGGCACUCUUCUCCAGUUAGCUAAUCCCGUCGAAAACACUUACGCCUCCAUUGGCAGAAAAUAUGGUCUGAAUUCAACUUCCGCUGAAAUAAAGCAAGGAUUUAAGAAGGCCUUUUCCGGUGAAUGGCCAGAAAAGCUUCGCUACCAGGGAGAUGGGAGGCCAUUUUGGAAAUUUGUUGUUACUAAAUCCACUGGUUGUGCCAGCAAUGAUUAUUUUGAAGAAGUAUAUGAGUACUUUGCAAAUGGUGAUGCAUGGUGUCUUCCAAAUGGAACUUACGAAACAUUAUCCCUUCUGAAAGAUGCUGGAGUUAAGCUGGCUGUUGUAUCCAAUUUCGACACCCGCCUAAGGAAGCUAUUGAAAGACCUCAAUGUUUUACACCUGUUUGAUUCCGUCAUUGUAUCUUCAGAGGUUGGAUACGAAAAACCAGAUGCACAAAUAUUUAAAGCUGCUUUAGAUCAAAUUAAUGUGGAAGCUGGAAAAGCAGUACACAUUGGAGAUGAUCAAGUGGCAGAUAAGGCUGGGGCCAAUGCAGUUGGGAUUGAUUGCUGGUUAUGGGGAAAAGAUGUGAAGACAUUCUUAGAAAUACAAAACCGCAUCCUAAUUUCUGAACCUUAACUUCCAAGGGAUUAAGUUUUGCAUUGCAUAGAUCAGUGAGUAAGCUCUUUCUUCUUUUCUUCUCUCUUAAAAUUUAGAUUUUCUUUUUCCUGUUCUCAUGAGUUACAGAUUCAUCACUAUAAACUUUUGGACCUUAUCCUUUGAAUGUUUAAUGCAUGUUGCAGUGUAGAAGGUGGUUCAAACUCUAUCUCUCUCUCUCUCUGCAUUGCUUGAGAAGCAAACAUACUUAAGAUUGAAAGUGGAGCAAUAAAAUUCCAUAAGCAUGCAAUGAAAGAUUUUGUUAGAUUUUGGAUGUUUCUGGUUGGCCACCUGCCAUUUUCUUCUAUUCCAGUUGUUACUAUGUUAAGUUUGCUAAGCUCAAACAUCCGUCAAGCUUAUGACAAGUUUGAAUAUACUUAUUCAAACUUAUUUUCUAAAAAUCAACAAAACUCUCCUUCAUAUAGAUGAGGAGCGAGAAAA